AGAUUCUGGUGUUGUUAUUAUGAAUAGUUUAACUCUGGUUGAAAUGUUUAUGGAUUCGGUAAGAGCUUCUUAUAUUAAUUGCUUGAGUUCUUUUUAGAUUUGAAUUCUUAACUUCAAUUUAAUCAACUUAAUUAUGCGAGUUUCGUGAUUGAUUUUGUAGAACAAGUGGAUGGAGCUAUUUCCUACUAUUGUGACAAUGGCGAAGACAAUCGAAAACAUUGUUCCUGGAAUGAUGGGUGAAUAUAGUGAUGUAUGAAGAGCUGCAAGUGCUUUCACCAUUUGUUCCUAUUAGAGAAUUCUACUUUCUGCAUCUGUCAACAAAUUGAGCCCUACAUAGAAGACCAAUUACUUGGUGGUGGAUUCCCACUCGAUGAACUUACUAACCGAAAUGAAAAGGAGAACUCGGAAGAUACAGAUACAUCCGCUCAACGUGGAGCGCUUCUUAAAGGAGGAGAUCAAGUUAUCUCCGUUCUUCAGGAAAUGAUUACCCUCUUGGAAGAUAUGGAUAUGGAUGAAGAUUCUGAAAAAGUGGCAGUGGAGUUAGCUGCACAAGGAGUUAUUGGUAAGAGAGUUGAUCAGAUGGAAUCUGAUUUCAUGAUGGCCCUUGAUUACAUGAUCUUCUAA